AUGGACCCUAUAUCCAUCACAGGCCUGGUCAUCGAUGUCUCUCACAUCAUAUCAUGCCUGAUCAAGUACGCCAAAUCGGUGAAAACCGCCAGAUCCGAAAUGCAAAAGCUAAGCGAAGAAUUGUUCGCUUUAAAAGGCAUUCUCGAUCAUCUGGCAGCCCAGUCGUCCUCCGAAAUCCCCAAGUUUCAACAUAUCGAGUCAGAGGGCUCGAGUCCCUUCAAUGAGCAUGUCAUGAACAGGGUCCUCCAGGCAACAAAGGAGUUCCUCGAGUCUUUGUUAAAAGAUUUAGAGCCUGCAGAAAGCAAACUGAAAAGUUGGAAACAGAAGCUCGAGUGGCACUUUACGCAGGAAAAGAUUAAUGAUCAUCUUAUCCGUCUAGAAAGAGUGAAGUCGUGGUUGAUACUCGUUUUGACUGCAGAUCAUGCUGCAGUCGAACGGGAUUUGCAGCAAGAGAUUGGAAGUCUAGCGAGAUCUUUGACUGAGGAUCUGAAGAUUAGAGAGCAGGAGAGGAACCAGAUGGCGAACCGGGAACUAUUUGAAUGGAUGGCCCCGGUGAGUCCGGCUAAUUCGCAUUUGCGGGCGUGUGAAGGAUAUGAUAUUGCAUCUGGGAAAUGGUUCAUUGGGGGCCAUCUCAAGCAUUGGUUGUGGUAUGGGGAUAAAAAUAUCUUCUUCCUUGUUGGAAAAUCCGGAACUGGAAAGACUACUCUGUUUGCUCAGUGUGUUGAUGAGCUCGUCUCAAUGGCUUCUCGUGAUCCGACCCUCAAUUUCGCAUACUUCUACUGCACAAUGAGUAACUCGGCCUCUCAGGUCCCAAUUAACGUACUGGGAUCCUUAGUAGCUCAGUUCUCGGGGAAAGAGGAUUACAUACUCGACAAUAUCCGAUCAAUAUACAAUGAUAUUCCCAAGUCCCAGGCUCACAAGCGAAGCAUUGAGAUCACUGCUCUUGAAGAGGUCAUUAUCAAACAUGCCUCUGGCAAGACAAAGGUCGUCAUUCUGAUCGACGCGAUCAAUGAAAGCCAGGACGCCAGGCAUAUCGAGACUUCUCUAUUAAAACUUGCCAAACUUUCCUCGAAUAUUCGCAUCAUGGUCACGACUACAUCAACUAUGGUGCUUGCCCGAGAUGUCGAAUUGCUCAAUAUCAGCGCAGAGAUGAUGUCGGGUGAUAUCAAAGCCUAUAUAGAUUACCGCCUAGAAAACGACAAGGCAUUGAUGGACCGAAAGGAUGAAUUCAAAUCUGAAAUUCGAAAGACGUUAUCGGAUAACGCAGGUGGAUCAUUCCGCUGGGUGCAGCUUUCCAUGGACAAUCUUUCCGCUCAGCGAACUACCAGAUCAAUGCGCGAAGCUCUAAGAAAUCUACCAGGAACUCUGCGGGAGAUGUAUGCCAAAACACUCGACCAGAUAUCUGCUGAGGACAGACCAUUUGUGCGAGAGGCGCUUUUCUGGAUCAGCUUUGCGCGAGACCACCUCUUCGCUAGUGAAAUGCUCACACUCGAAGUUCUCAACGAGCUAGUCGUACUAGACGAGGAAUGCACCACACUAGAUGAAGACAUGAUGCUUGUUCCCGCUCAAAUUCUUCUUGAUAUUUGCCAAGGUCUCAUCACCCAAGAUCCGUGCGGUCAUAUCGUCCUCGCGCAUGCAUCGAUCAAAGACUUCCUAACAUCCGACUGGAUACUAUCUUCCCGGGUUAGCUAUUUCAGCAUGGACUUGACAACAGCAAACACGAUCAUUAUGCGAAAGUGCCUCAACUACCUCUGCCUUGACAAUUUCAAAGAUGGAUACACAACCAAGGGGAGAAUCUUUUCACGCUUGGCCAAAUACAAGUCCUUGAAAUAUGCAGCAUUGAUGUGGCCAAAAUAUGCUGCUGAUACCGAGCUUGGAGACCCCGAGCGGCGUCUAGUGCAGAAGUUCUUUGACACGAGACAUCUUCCUUGCCAGGGAAACUUUGGCGCUUGGAUGCAAGUUCUCAUACCAGGGGUGGAAUUCUCAGUUAUCGAAACGACACAUCCGCUGUACUAUGCCAGCUCGUAUGGUUUAGAUUCCGUUGUCAAGAUGAUCCUCGAGUUCGAUACUGAUCUUGAUAUCAAUGCGCCGGGAGGUCGGGUCGGUGCCACUGCUGUCUUCGCUGCCGGGAAUCGUCAAAAUUUCGAUACAGUGCAACUACUUCUGGAAGCAGGUGCAGAUCCCACAAUCUCGGAUCCCGAGACAGGUUGGAGUAUUUUUGAUUUGUCUACAAUGGCAAGAUGGUCUGGUCUUCGGGGUCCUCUGGAUCAAUGGCUUUCUGGCCAAGGAAGUGAAUUACAAAUGCGAUACCGAGAGAGGUACGGAUUGUAA